CUCGACACAUAGCCAGGCCUUCCUCUUCAAUUAUCCUGCCUUUUCAAAGCAGUUCAAGCUGCUGAAUAAAAUUCACCGCCUCUUCAGUCCACUUUCCACAGAUUUGAGGCUCACAAUCACUUCAUUCUGAUCAUCAAGAUGCAACGAACAGGUUAUGGGAACCCCCCUCCUGCGACAUCGCCGCCGCUGCACCAUCCAGUGCCUCAGCAUAUUUCUGCAGUUCCCCAGCUAAGGUCUCCUCCUCCUCCAGCUCCUCAAAUUCAACAUCAAGCCGGCUAUGGAAAUCCAUACCAAUCCCACCCUCCGCCGCAAGGCUCAUUUGGUGCAUAUGGCAAUUUCAUGUCAGACCCUACGGCGCAAAUGGGAUUCCAGGUUGGGCAAACAGCUUUGAAGCACGGUACAGAAUACUUGGAACAAAAUGUUAACCGUUAUGUCAACAUAUCCGCGAUCAAACACUACUUUAAUGUCUCGAAUUCCUACGUGGUAAACAAACUAUUCCUGGUACUUUUUCCGUGGAGGCACAAGCCCUGGUCGCGCAAACAGUCUACUGGCCCCAAUGGCCAAGAAGGGUGGUAUCUACCUCCUAGAGAUGAUUUAAACAGCCCGGACAUGUACAUUCCAUUGAUGGGUUUCGUCACAUAUAUACUCCUUUCAGCAAUGGUGGCAGGUCUUCGAGGCGAAUUCCAGCCAGAAAUCUUUGGAUGGACUGCUUCAGCAGCUUUUGUCAUGGUUGCCGUGGAACUUUUACUCUUGAAGCUCGGAUGUUACCUUUUGUCUAUCUCGAAUGACUCCCAGCUCCUUGAUCUUAUUGCCUAUUCGGGGUACAAAUUCGUGGGAGCUAUUGUGACUAUCGUGCUCAGCGAAAUCUUGAAUGGAGGCAAGGGAACUGGUGGAUGGAUUGGAUGGACAAUAUUCACCUACACAUUUAUGGCGAAUGCUCUAUUUUUGCUCCGGUCCUUGAAGUAUGUUCUGCUUCCCGAGAAUCCCAGCGACGAAAGAGGAACCAUGCAAACAGUAGCUCGAUCCCAAAAGAUGCAAAGAACGUACUUCUUGGCUGGGUACUCGUAUGUGGUACAGCUGGUUUUGAUGUGGUAUCUUACGAGAGUGUAAAGCUUUGGUGGGAGCGGCGUUGUGUUGGCGUCUGGAUGUAAGGGUGAAAACGGUCAAGGCCUCCCAACGAUAGGCAUCGAAUCAUCGCGUCGGAGGGGAAAAAGAGCCUUGCCAUGGAGCUAUGGCGCUCAUGUGUACCAUACGAUAUUAAUGUAAAUGCAGAUGACACAAACCGACCGUCUUUUGCAUCAUGUCUGAAG